AUGCAACUGAUCAUCAAGUUCUUGCAGAUCAUGGGUUUUUGGGUGCAACCCUACCAGAAGCGAAGCCUUGUUAAACCUUUGCUCUAUAUCUCGUUGUUCAUGGUGUCGAUGGUGCUACCGGGAAUAAUUUUCAUCGUUCGACAGCCGCCGAGCUUUACCAUUGCUGUGAGAACUGUAGUCGAAACGAUUUCUAUUGUGAAUAUAAUUAUUUUGGUUUUGUCAACUGUCACGCAUCAGCAGUGGCUAGAAGAGGCGUACAUCGAUUUGCGGUUUGGAUUCCAAGCGAGGCUACGAGAUUCGGAUUUCGAGUUGCGGGAAAAGAUCGCUGAAUUGGGGUCAUCUGUAGAUCGUUAUUUCAAAAUCUAUAUUAAAUUCCAAUUAGGGGUAGUACUGACAUAUAUAUCGUCCAACCCUAUAUUCACGUUGACUCAGUAUCUGCGAACGGGAGAAUUACCUCCGCUACAUGCGAUCCUGGAAGCAGACUUUUACCUAUUUGAUUUCACUGGAAAUGUUUGGCUUUGGCUGCUGGUAAUUGCAUUCAGUGCGGUAGCUCUGAUAAUUGUAGUAAUUGUAAUGGUUCCGAUAAACAGCUUGAAUUGGAGUUUGAUCAAACAUGCCGCCGAUUUAUUUAAAUUAGUCAGUCGCAAGGCGGCUAGUUUGAAUGAACUAACAGAUGAAAAGUCCAGAGUUGAAGGUCUAAUCGACAUUGUUGAACUACAUGAAGUUAUCUACAGAAGUGUCCGCUCUUUGGAGAAAGCACUAAAUAUAUAUAUGCUAACACAAUUUGGGUCAUUCGUCAUUAUGGUCUGUUUGACUCUAAUUACUCUGAUUCUUGUGAACGACGAUAGGGACCUAUUGCUCAAAAUGAUUCUUACAUUGUCAUUCAUUCUGUCUCACAUUCUGAUGUACUCCAUGUUAGGAACUGCGCUCAUGUCAGCGAGCGCAUCCGUGUCAGACGCAAUCUAUGACGUCCCUUGGUACCAAUGGUCGGUGUCCGGGCAGAAGAAUCUCCUGUUUGUGUUGCGGAGAUCGCAGCGAAUUACAGCACUUACCACCGGAAAAUUUUUCUACAUUAAUCGGGCCACGUUCGGAAUGGCUCUCCGUACUGCAGGCUCGUACUUCACCGUUCUGAUGCAGAUGUAUGGUGCACAGUAA